AUGUCUACCGCUGAGCUCGCCACAUCAUAUGCUGCGCUCAUCCUUGCAGAUGAUGGUGUUGCCAUUACGGCCGAUAAACUCACAACACUGAUCAAAGCAGCCGGUGUCAGCGACGUCGAACCAAUUUGGGCAUCAUUGUUUGCAAAAGCGCUCGAGGGCAAAGAUGUCAAGGACCUUCUCCUAAACGUCGGAUCUGGUGGGGGAGCCGCAGCUCCGGCUGCAGGAGGCGCUGCAGCUGGUGGUGCUGGAGGUGCUACCGAAGAGGCACCAAAGGAAGAGGAGAAGAAAGAAGAGGAAAAGGAAGAAUCCGACGAAGAUAUGGGCUUCGGUCUUUUCGAUUAG